UUACAAUACGGCGUGGCGUGUGAAUUUGAAGAGACGCGCGAUUGAUUGUCCACGACGCGUGGGUCAAAAACUCCCACGUCGCCAACAUGGGCGCCCCCCAACGCGUGCAGACGCCUUGCACAUUUGCUACUUUCCACCCGUUUUUCGCUCUGGUUGGGGUCGCCGCCGCCAGCGUUGAUGAACAUGAACUCCGGAGAGGCUUCUUCCCCCGCUUGCGCCGGCCGUCGCCGUGUCCGAGCAAAGAAGGCGCUCUCGAUACUGGUGGCAUAUAUAUAGGGCGAUGAGGGCCGACGACCUUCCCUCGGCGAAAGAAACCACAUCGCAAGGGAAGCAAGCAGUCGGAACCCCAAAAAAAAAUGCCCUCCAAACGCCCCACCCCCGCCUCCUUCCCCUCAAAGCUGAAACACCCUGCAAAACAAGCCCUCGCAAACGGGCCCCACCUCGAAACAGCCGCGACAGAGUCCGGCGAGCUCGUCACCCGCGUACGCCCCUCCUCCUCCUCCUCCUCCUCCUCAACACUCCAGGUUCCCAACCGCGGGGAUGUCAUUGUCGACGCCCACACCUCAACCGCGAAUGGCAAAAGCGAAGCAACACCCUGCGGCCGCAUGCGCGCCAACUCAUUCAAAGCGCGGCCGUCGUUGAUGGAUUGGGAGACGAUGCAGUAUACGCAGAACUCGUUUAGGGGCUUCUUUACGCUGUUUUGGAUGACGAUGGCGGCGUAUAUGGCGUUGAAUCUGUUUAAUCAUUGGAAGAGCAAGGGGCAAUUUAUUGGCACCAGAUUGUUUCGGGAGAUGUUUUAUGAGAGCUCCGAAUUCCUGCUCUCCGAACUCCUCCUAAUCCUCAGCCUCUUCACCAUCUUCCUCUGGCAAAAGCUCCUCACGCACCUCGCACCCCUCUUCCUCACGCACCGCCACCUCUCCCCGCGCGCGAUCUGCCUCACCUUCCAGCACACCUACCAGCUCACCUGGUUCCUCACCUGCAUCCUGUGGGCCAUGCGGGCGCCGUGGAGCUGGCCGCAGACAGGCAUGUUCACGUUGCACGCGAUGGCGAUGCUGAUGAAACAGCAUUCCUACCUCGCCUACAACCGGGAGAUGCUCGGCAAAUGGGUGCAAGUCCAGCGCCGCACGAUCCGGAUGGACGAGCUCGCCGCGCGGAUGAAAACGCUCGACGACACCACCGACGCCGCGGAACUCACCGUCUGCAACAUCGAGUGGGAAACAUGCAAACGACAGGCCACUGAGCUGCAAAUCGAGCUGAGAAAGGGAACCACCGCCUUCCCCGAGAACGUCACCCUGCCCAAUUUCAUCGACUACCUCCUCGUCCCCACCCUCGUGUACGAGCUGGAGUACCCGCGCACGGACCGCAUCCGCAUCGCCUACUUGCUCGAGAAGACGGCCGGGUUCCUGGGCAUCGCCGUGUGCCUGUACAUCGUCAUCGAGCACUUGAUCUACCCUGUCUUGGCCAAUCUGAGAAACCUCUCGUUUGCGGAGAGCAUCACACAGCUGCUGAUCCCGUUCAUGGUGUGCUACAUGAUGAUCUUCUACAUCAUCUUUGAGUGCAUCUGCCCCUGGUUCGCGGAACUCACCCGCUUCGCGGACCGGCAUUUCUACUCGGACUGGUGGAACUCGCUCACAUUCGACGACUACGCGCGCAAAUGGAACAAGCCGGUGCACGAAUUCCUCCUCCGCCACGUGUACCUCGAGUCCAUCGCCACCUACAAGCUGUCCCGCCGCUCUGCGACCUUCCUCACGUUUUUCCUGUCCUCGUGCCUGCAUGAGCUGCUGAUGAUCGUGCUGAGUGGGAGGGUGAGAUGCUAUUUGUUUGGGAUGCAGAUGAUGCAGAUCCCGUUGGUGGUGGUGUCGCGGUGGGCCGGGUUUAGGAGGUGGCCGAGGGCCGGGAAUGCGUUCUUUUGGGGGGCGAUGUACUUGGGCCCGCCGUUGUUGGGGAUUGCUUAUUGUAGGGAGAUGUUGGCGCGUUAAAACUAGAUCUAGAGAGAGGGACUUCUGGGGACCUUUUUUUUUUCACUUCGG